UCCACCUCCACCGACUUCCUUUCAGAUAAAGCCACUUCUGCCUUCAUCAGGCGCGUCCUCUGCUCGCAGCAUCUCGCCGAAAGAGGCGGUGGCACUCCCGCCCCGAUCGAAGAACUCCUACCGCCCCUCACGAGCCGGAAUGAUGUCGACCUCCAGCUCUACGCCCUGCUUGCCGUCAUACUAAGGGACUUUGUGCAGGCAUGGUACAGCAAGAUCACCCCCGACGAGACUUUUGUGACCGAAAUCAUCCACAUCGUUGCGCACUGCACGCGGGCCCUUGAGCAGAGGAUACGGGAGGUUGACUUGGAGAGUCUGUUGCUUGACGAGCUUCCCGACUUGCUCGACAGGCACAUAAUUGCCUAUCGUACAGCCCAUGAACCCGUUGCGCGGCCUCCCACGCAAGCCGACCCACGAGAAAUCUACCACGCGCUCUGUCCCAUAGCCCCGCUCUCUCCGGUCCCCAAGCCCGACGAUCCCCAGUCGGUCGCCAAGCAGAAAGAAAACGAGACGGUCUACCGCCAGCUCCUCGUCCAGGGCGUCCUCGCCGUCCUCCUCCCCACCGAAGACCUCGAGAACGAGUGCCUGACGUCCUUGGUUGGCGAGAUCUUCUCCGAGCUCAUCAUCGGAAACGUCUUCAUCAACAGGCUGUCGCAGCCCUGGCUGAUAUGGGAGUGUCUGAUUAUCCUGACCAGGGUGCUCGGCAGGAAGAAGGGUGCGGAUUCGGGGAAGACGGGUCCCGAGCAGCAGCAGUCGUCCCGGCGGACACGGUCGCCCCAGACCAUAUUCUGGUCAUUUGUCCAGUGGCUCUUCCUGGCUUUCUCGUGGGGUCGAGUCGUCGUGCUGGCGUUAGCGAGCGCCCCGUCUUUGCCGGCCCGCUCUCACCUAGCGGCGGACCAGAAACGUCGGGCGUCCAAGGGAGGAGCGUCUUCGGCUGCCGCGCCGCCGCCUGAGAAGGUCCCCGUCGUGACGUUCAAGCUGUGGACUUGUGUUUCGGACUUGGUCGAACUGGAUGCGCGGAUGCCGUGGUUAGGCGGGACGUUGUCCAUGCUUCAGCUCGCCGCUGUUAGAGGGCCCUGGCGGCCCGCUGGCCUAGAUGGGCCACUGGAUAGGCUUUUCUCGCACGCGAUUCGCAAUCGCAUGCUCGACCCAUCCCACCUCCCCGUCCUGCUCCGCUCCAUCCGCGGCGCUCUCUUCCCCAACAACGCCCCGGGGACCUCGACCCUCGUCGCCCCUUCAUCCGACCGCCAGUUGCGCGCCCUCCGUCGCCGCUGCGCUAGCGCGCUUUGGGCCCUCUUGCCCGGAUGGCUGUCUCGGCUUUACCUCAGCGGUCGUCUCACGAGUCUCCUCUUGGGCGGGUUUUCCCUGGAAGGGAUACUCGAUGUCUUUUCCGACGAGUACUGUAACAGGCAUCUCCUCUACGGCGUGCUCGAGCUCAUCCUUGUUCGGCUGAUGCCUGAGUUGGCGGAUAAGGGGGUGGCGGAUUUGUUGGAUGAGAGGUUG